CCAGGUCACAGUCGGUGUGUUUUCACCUCCACCUCCUGCAGGAAGUUCAUGUCUCUCUGUGCCGUGGGAACAAAUGGCCCCUUGGCAUUUCACUUGGCUGAGCGCAGUUCAAGUGCAUCUGAACGCACUUCUUCAUCAUCAGAAGCCCUGAUUGCUUUGGCAGAAACUGCAGCCACUCGGGCCGGUUUACUCCUGAGUCGUCAGGUGUGCGCAGCGCAGAGAGCAGUGGGGGCAGUGGCAUCUGUUGUUGACGCCUCUUCACUCUCACCGGGUCGGACAGGACAGGAGGACACGCCAUCCCAGACGUGUUACGUGCGAAGAACAGUUUUCUAAUCUCUGAUCUCUUGGAUUAUCUUCAAUGGACGGGGACUUGAUCCCCGUCUGUGGGUUUUGGCCACUCUUUUACGCACACUAAAUGCGCACUGAUUAUCUGCGCUCGAACUUGCGCCCUUGGCAUUUUCGUUAUGGAUUAAACAGUCGGUGGCUUUAGCCUAGUGUGUUGCCUUUGGAUAACUGUGGAUUAUUGAAUGGACUGGAAUGAUGUAAAAUGGUGGUGUUGUUUUGGUCAGUGACGCGCGCAGCAGAGUUUCCACAGCUCUUGGACAAAGCAGCCGUUUAUUCUCCUGAGACACGUUGACCUGUUUUCCUCCUAUUGACGCGCUGGGAUGGAGAGUGAGCUGAGACCCAGGCUCUGUUUCCUGACCAAAGGACCGCGCGGGUAUGGGUUUCACCUGCACGGUGAGCGCACUAGGGGCGGACAGUUCAUCCGCACCGUGGAGCCCGGCUCCUCGGCGGACAUGGGCGGGCUGAGACCAGGAGACCGGGUGGUGGAGGUGAACGGGGAGAAUAUGGAGAACGCAACUCAUCAUCAAGUGGUGAAUCGUAUCCGCGAAGUGGACUACCGCACUAGGCUGCUCGUGGUGGACAGAGACACCGAUGACUACCUCCACAGCUGUGGCCUGGCCUGCACCGAGGACCUGGCCAUUGAGAUGGGAACCCUCUCCCCGUGGCCUUCACCCAAGCCCACGCCUUCCUCUUCUCCGAUACCCAGAGAGAACUCACCUCAGUCACUUAAGCCCAACCAUGCACACUUGUAUCACCGCCACACGGCGGACUCCCCCAUUCAUGUCAUCAUACAAGGCAAGGUCAAGAGGGUGUCAGUGACAUCAAGCACGACGACUGACGCUGAGCUGCAGCGUGAGUCCUCACCAGAGCUGACGUCUGAGCAUCUUCCCCGACUGUGUCACGUGGUGAAGGGGGUGCACGGCUAUGGCUUCAACCUGCACAGCGAUAGGACAAAGCGUGGACAGUUUGUACGAUCUGUGGACCCUGGUUCAGCUGCGGAUAGAACAGACAUCCGGCCCGGAGACAGACUGGUGGAGGUGAAUGGGGUAAACAUUGAAGGCCUGAGGCACUCGGAGGUGGUGGAAAUCAUCAAAGAAGGAAGGGAUGAAGUCCGUCUCCUCGUGGUCGACCAGGAAACGGACAAGCUCUUCCACAGACUGGGGAUAACACCCACCAUCAGCCAUGUCAAAGAAGUCUACGUGGAUGAAUCAGCCACUGACAGUGUCCCACCCACUCCUUCUCCUACCACAGACUCACCGCUCAUCAAUGUCACGCUGACGGACUCCCCGAUCACAGAGGUGUCUCCAAAGUCCCGCGCUAAUGGGAGCUCAGCAUCCCAGUCCUCCAGAAGUUCCACCACUCAGUCAGAGGUCAGCAGCUCAGACAUGAGCUUCCAGGUCCCGGAUGAGGAUGACAGGCGCGUUUCGGACCCUUUUAUGGAAAGUGGCCUACGUCUGAGUCCAACGGCUGCCGAGGCCAAGCAAAAGGCCUGCGCGAGCCGCACCAAGAAGAGAGCGCCGCUUAUGGACUGGAGCAAGAGAAAGGAGAUCUUCAGCAACUUCUGACCUAAGGAUGCACUGAGGGAAAAGGGAAAAAAUACACAGCAGGAGGAGGAGGAUGGCGUAGAACAAGGAAUAAUGCCAUAAUUCCUGAUUUUAGGAUUAUAUCAUGGAUACAUCAUAUUGACACCCUAUUCUUAAAUUCUGUUUGGCAUGAAAUAUUUUAAGAUACCAUGUGGUAUACUAACUGUAUAUUACAGUAUCUCUAAGGACAAGGUCAUGUGUGAAUGUGUUAAAUCUUACAACACACUGCACUAAACUGACAGACCAUCAGUUGAGACUUGAUGCCCUGAAGAGUAACCAUGGCAGAUAACGGACAGCGUAGUGAAUGAGUUUUCCAUCUCCAGUAGAUGGUAGUAAUGCAAAAUCAUGGAUGCAGGUUCCUGUGUAACACCAUAGAAGAAGAAGAAGACACAGCGUGUCUCUUUCUGGGGCCUGAGCAGUGACCAUGAAUCUAGAGCUUAUAUGCACUUGUGUUUGUGUAUCAGUGAUAUCUUUAGCAUCUGUGUGUUUUUCGGGGGCCACAUUUGCUUUUCUGUUGUAACUUCUGUCGAUGUCACUUUAUUUUUUUUCCCUCUGCAGUGAGAGUUUCAUUUCUUCUCAGUUUACUAUGAGUUUGUCGUCUCGCUGUAGUCGUCUCUAUGUUAGUGUCUUGUUUAUCGUAGCCUCAGUGUAACCUUUGAAUGUAAACACAAAGGGAAACUAGCGAGGCCGAGUUAUCACGCGUAUAUAGGUGUGAUGACCUUGCUGCUUCUUUAAA